CCGGGGCCCUCCCCCGUGACGUGCCUGGCCGAGGCCGCGCAAGGGCGCCGUAUCUGCCAGGGCCGCUGUCAUGGCGUCGGAGGCGCUGGCUGAGGAGAACCCGCCGCGGUCUCUUUAGAGCGAGGGGCGGGCGGCUGGGUAUGGAGAGCGGCCCUGAGAGCCUGCAGCCGCUAGAAAACGGGGUGGCCGCUGUGCCAGCGCCAGGGACAGGCUAUCCGCAGGAAGGGAGACAGGAGACGAGGCUCGCCGCUGGGGAUGGUCCUGGAGUAUGGGCGGCGGAGUGCGACGGCGGGAAUGGGCAGGGGGCGGCGGCCGCCAGGAGGAGCCUCCCGAAGUCGGGUUCUCCCGCCGGCUCUCCUCCGAUUCCCGGACCCUGUAGCUCCUUCUCGGGCUCCGACUUGAAGGAGAGCGACUUGGCCAGUCCUGCUGCCCAGAAGGCGCUGCUGGGAGGGCAGCACAAGGUGACCGCCUCCCCCGAGACAGCCGAGGCCGGAGCGGGCCAUGGGUUGGGUCCGGCCGGAGACGCGGGCGCCCGCCCGGAUCCCACCGGCACCUGCCGGGCGGAGUCGGCGGCCGCGGGCUCGGAGGAGCCCAGCAGCGCCGGCGGCCUCAGCAGCAGCUGCAGCGACCCGAGCCCUCCUGGGGAAUCGCCGAGCCUGGACUCCCUGGAGUCAUUCUCGAACCUGCAUUCUUUCCCCAGUAGCUCCGAGUUCAAUAGUGAGGAGGGAGCUGAGAACAGGGUCCCCGAGGAAGAGGAGGAGGAGGAGGGCGCGGCAGUGUUGCCCGGGGCUGUGCCUCUGUGCAAAGGGGAGGAGGAGGGGGAGGAGGAGGAGGGGGAGGCAGCUCAGGUGCUGGCGGCCUCCAAGGAACGCUUCCCGGGACAAUCUGUCUAUCACAUCAAGUGGAUCCAGUGGAAGGAAGAGAACACACCCAUCAUCACCCAGAAUGAGAAUGGACCCUGCCCUUUGCUGGCCAUCCUCAAUGUUUUGCUUCUGGCCUGGAAGGUGAAACUUCCACCGAUGAUGGAAAUCAUAACUGCUGAACAGCUGAUGGAAUAUUUAGGAGAUUACAUGCUUGAUGCAAAGCCAAAAGAAAUUUCAGAAAUUCAACGUUUAAACUAUGAGCAGAAUAUGAGUGAUGCUAUGGCAAUCUUGCACAAACUACAGACAGGCUUGGAUGUAAAUGUAAAAUUCACUGGUGUUCGAGUGUUUGAAUAUACACCAGAAUGCAUAGUAUUUGAUCUUCUUGAUAUUCCUUUGUACCAUGGGUGGUUAGUGGACCCUCAGAUUGAUGACAUUGUAAAAGCUGUUGGUAACUGCAGCUACAACCAACUAGUGGAGAAGAUCAUCUCUUGUAAGCAGUCAGACAAUAGUGAGCUGGUUAGUGAAGGCUUUGUAGCUGAGCAGUUUCUAAAUAAUACAGCCACUCAACUGACAUACCAUGGAUUAUGUGAACUAACUUCAACGGUUCAGGAAGGAGAACUUUGUGUGUUCUUUCGGAAUAAUCAUUUUAGCACCAUGACCAAAUACAAGGGUCUACUGUAUUUGUUGGUAACAGACCAGGGGUUUCUUACUGAAGAAAAAGUUGUUUGGGAAAGCCUACAUAAUGUCGAUGGUGAUGGAAAUUUCUGUGACUCAGAAUUUCAUCUGCGGCCUCCUUCAGAUCCUGAAACUGUAUACAGAGGGCAACAAGAUCAGAUAGAUCAGGACUAUCUUAUGGCAUUAUCUCUACAACAAGAACAGCAGAGCCAAGAGAUCAAUUGGGAGCAAAUACCUGAAGGAAUCAGUGAUUUGGAACUAGCGAAGAAACUCCAAGAAGAAGAAGAUAGACGAGCUUCUCAAUAUUAUCAGGAGCAGGAACAAGCAGCAGCAGCUGCUGCUUCUGCUGCUACACAGGCCCAGCAAAGCCAGCCAGCACAAGCAUCUCCAUCAAGUGGAAGACAAUCUGGAAAUAGUGAACGUAAACGAAAGGAACCUCGAGAAAAAGAUAAAGAAAAAGAAAAGGAAAAAAAUAGCUGUGUAAUUUUGUAACAAGUGUUGGAUUCUGUUGGAACCAUCUAUAGCCUUGAGAAACAAAACCGCAGGAGGAAAGGAAGAAAAACCGAUAAAUACCGUCUGUGCCUGAUUUCCCAACGGAUUUUGUUCAUGUCUUCAGGGGAAAGGUUGUUACUUAGUUACAAUCAGACUUUUUCAAGUCACACAGUACACUCUUUAUGAGCUGGAGUUUCAUGUUACAAGUUGGAAAUGCUGUGUGUUGUCAUUCAUGAAAAAUACUGCACUUGUAGCCAAAUAAGCAGAUCACAGCAAAUUUUGUGUCAUAGUGACAUUCAUAACUCAUAUCAGUUAGUAAGCUAUUUUAUCUUCUGUUCUAACAAUGAAUGGAGGUAAUUGAUUUUGUCUGAUUCCUUUCUGAAAUCUAAGUAUUAGCACAAUAGUUUCUGAAAUUAAUUUCUACAAUGUUAGAUUAUGAUCUAAUCCACAAGAAACCAGGGGUUUAAUAUAGGGAUUUAAAAAGAAAAAAAAAAGAAAAAAAUAACAGGAAUAAAUAACCCUUAAUUGUAUAUUGGACUAGUUCAGCCCUUGAACAGCUUUACCUUUCUUUAGGAAUGUACAUUUUAGAUACUAUCUUGAGAACUGAUAGUGGAGUUUGGAUUUAAUCUAGAUAGAAAAAAAAAAUUUGUAUUUCUUUUCCAAUAGCAAAAAAAUCACAUAAUACUAAUACUUAUAUCCUAUCCAAAUCAGAUAUUAAUGACUUUGUAGUGUUGUGAAAUAUUGAGGAAUUUUGAAAAUUUCAAUAUAGGUGACUUGGACCACAGUUACUAUUUAUUGAUAGUGUGACGAGUGUAAGGAGGAAACCAUAGGAGGCCACUAUUUAUUGAUAGUGUGACAAGUGUAAGGAGGAAACCAUAGGAGGCCACUAUUUAUUGAUAGUGUGACGAGUGUAAGGAGGGAACCAUAGGAGGCCACUAUUUAUUGAUAGUGUGACGAGUGUAAGGAGGGAACCAUAGGAGGCCACUAUUUAUUGAUAGUGUGACGAGUGUAAGGAGGAAACCAUAGGAGGCCACUAUUUAUUGAUAGUGUGACGAGUGUAAGGAGGAAACCAUAGGAGGCCACUAUUUAUUGAUAGUGUGACGAGUGUAAGGAGGAAACCAUAGGAGGCCACUAUUUAUUGAUAGUGUGACGAGUGUAAGGAGGAAACCAUAGGAGGCCACUAGGGUUUGUAAAUAUGGGAGUGUAGAAGAGCAGAUAGUUCGAUGUCUACCUUUUUCUAGAAUUACCUUGAACCUUAAAACUUAAAUCAUGUUUAUUUGCUAGAAAAUUAGGUAUACUUAUUAAAACCAACAAAAAAGCACAUUUCUGAAAGGAAGUUAGAGAUAAUCUCUGAGACUAGUGAAAAAGCAUUAACAAAAAUCUGUUUGAGAAUAGAUAGAAUUUGGAGGAAUUUAUGUAAAAGCAAUCAGAUUUUUUUAACUUAUGGGAACCAAAUAAACCUAUAACAUCUUGUAGUGUUUAUAGGAUUUAGAAAGAAUAUUUAUUGAAUUUUAUUAUGAGGCAACACAUAUUUUCCUGUAUUUCUAGAUCUAGUUUGGAAAACUAUACUUAAUAGUCCUUUUUAUAUGCUUUAUAUUUAAAAGUUUGUUUUAGUCAUUUUUGAAACAACUAUUGCUGCUGCAAGUAGUUAUGUGAUUUAUAUUCUAAGCCUCGGUAAAUUUGUUUGUUUAAGAGCAUCUUAAUCUAACCUGAGCAUCCACUCGGAGAAUGUUUUUUGUGGUCUGGAGUGACGAUAGACUACAAAAAAUGUGGUCUAGAUUUCUUAAGCUAUGUCCUUAACAUUCUUCGUGAUCCAAGACCGGUUAUAGCAUAAGUCUAUGUGUAAAAAGUAAAGUCUUAUUUAUGGAAGAAAUUAUUCUAAGGGAAAAAUCCAGGGUCAAGCUGUGUCUUUAAUGUCCUUCUGUAUUGCAUGUCUGUUUAUGUUAUACAUUUGUUAUUCCUUCAAAUAUCCUAUGUUAGCAUGAUAAAUCAUCAGAGAACCUGUUUGGGGUAUAAGACCUUGAUACAAAAUAUUUGGUGACUCUCUUGAUAAUAACCCAGAAUAUGCGUACUUUGGUAAGUAAUCAAAUGCACUACAGAAUUGUAUGUUGGCUCAAACAAGUUGACCUUAGUCCAAGUUUACUCUUGGUAUUACUGUGUUGGUUGAAGGAGGAAACUCAAACCUCAGGGUUUGUUUUUCCCAGAGUAGAUAGUAGUGACAGUGCACUAUAUUUUAAUAAGACAGAAACAAAACAAUAAAACCUGAGGAAUUUUUAAAAGCACAUUUGAGGCAUAUUUUUCCAUAAUUAUAUACUUAUCUAUUUAUUGCCCUUGAAAAAUAUAUGUGUAGAAGUUAUUCUUCUGUUAUUUGUUACUAUCUUCUUAAUUUGUUCCAAAGAUAAUACUGCCGUUCUGCAUUCCCUCUGGAAGAAAACAUAAAAAACUCACUCAAAACCAGCAGUGCUGCUAUCAGAUAAGUAGAUGUCAAUGUAUACUUAUAAGGAAUAACUAAAACUGUAAUGUGUUUGUUAAGUCAACUUUUUUCUAUGUAAUAUUUCCAGAUCAGACUUUCUUACAUUCCCGGAAUUCAGUUUGAUAUACCAAGAGUAAUAAUGAUAAAAUGUUCGCUUUGAUUACUGUGGGGAAAAAAUUAAAAGUUCGAUUCUAUUAAAACAAACAAACUUCUCAGAGAUACUGGUUUCCCAUCCUUGAAGGCUAUAAAGAAUUAACAGCUAUUGUCUCUUUCUCCUUAUAUUUUGCUCAAGGCAACAAAUUAUAUAUUCAGACAUUUCAUUGCUGGUUUGGGUACAUUGGAGUUUGGUAGAGGUAUAUUAAAGUCUUUCCUUCACAGCAUUUUGUAAGACCUGAAAAUUAUUACAUGUACAUUACUAGCAGAAGUUAGAACUUAAACAUUUUUGUUUUUAAUAUUUAUAGGCUAGAUUAGGGACACAUUUGCAUUAAUCAAACACUGUUAGAGCUUGGAAGAGAGGCACAUGAAUGAAUGGAUAUGGUCACUGCACUUUCUUGUACUUUCAAAGCCUAUUCCUCAAGGUUAGCAACCAGUCUUUAUUAAUAAUAUGAAAAUUUUCUUCGUCUGAUCUCACUGAAUCAACAAUGCUAUGAUUUACAAUAGGUUAUCAACACUUAAAAGUACUUAUUUUGUGUGUGUCUGUGUGUGUGUGUGUGUGUGUGUGUACUUCUAAAGCAAGGAUCCAUGACUUCUAUUAGAUUCUCAAAGGAAUCUGGGAAAUUUCCCUCAAAUUUAAGCAUCACCAUUUUAAGAAUAUACAUGCACAUAUGUACAUAGACACAGUAAGCACUUUGAGGCAGCUAAAAUUGGCAUUGGCUGCUUCCUAUAAUAUACUGGUCCAGUGUACUUAGGUAAAGUAACUUCUUCCAUAUUUCAAGGUGUCAGGUUAGUAGUUGAAUGAGGCAUAGAUUUAAGUUUAGGAUUAGGUUUUGGAAUAUAUUUUGUUUUAUCGUCUCACAUUUCUAGUAUUUGACUAAUUAUCCCAUAUUAUGUUUUGAAUUCUUCCUCAUACAUCUUGAUCUUAGCUUAAUUAAGCAAGUUAGUAUCAGAGAUUAGUUGGCUGAACUCAACAUUAACUAUUUUGUACUUGCACAAACACUUAACAUUUUGUUUUCAGUGAAUCGCCAACUUAGUUCACCAAGAGACAGAAGAUCUUGAGAGGAAAGAGGACUAGAAGUCAAAUAGAUAUUUAACGAAAGAAUUAAUAUGGUCCCUGUAUUAAUGUUGGCAUAUGAAGCAGAUAUUUAUAAAAUCCUGCUGGAGAAAAAUCAAGGCAAGAAUUUCCAGCAUUGUCCUCAUACAAUCUCAUUUGUUUAAAAUUUUUUUUAAAAAGGCAAAUUGAUUACAUUUUGCUUAACUUUCCUAUUCACUGUGCCAGUUAUGUUAAAGCAUGAUGGAAAGCUUAUGGGCUUUACUUGUCACACAAUACUUGGGCAUACAACUUAAACUAUACUUGUAAACUUACCAAUGUUGAUAAAAUAACUUGAAGGCAUUAAAGAUAGUAUAUAAUUUGGAUUUUGAGAAACUGGAAAUGUGGAAUUCUGAAUCGUUUUAUGUCUAAACACCUGGGCUUUUAUCUUGCCAUGGGCAAACUUUCUGUGCCUCGCUUUACAUAUGUAAAGGAUGCUCAUUUUUUUAGUGCUCUGCACUCCUGAAUAAAGGGCUUAGUAUAAGCACAGAGUGUUAUUUAAAUAAUCAUAAAUUUUGUACAUCUUUUAUUCUUGAAUGUGCAGACUUUUUUCCCAAUGACAAUAUUUCUUAAGCCAGUUUUUUUGCUGCUGUCAAAAUUUGUAGAAUUAUCUUAUCUUUGAGUAUGGCAUCAUCUCUUCCUAAAAUGUAUUUUACAGUUGCUUUUCUGUUCUGUAGUUGCUUUUGUGGACUAUAGGGUCAAAAUCAAGAGUAUUUUGAGAGUGUAAAAUCAUUAAAGACCUGUUUUCUUCCAGUAUCUUCCAUAUAUCUAAAUAUUUAGAUUCUUUUUGCCUUUUCCUCCAUGGGACAAAGUACGCUGGUAUCAGAUUACUAAUACAUAUAUGUAAGCUUUUUUUGCAUGGAUGGAAUUUAUUUAGAUCUCUCAAGUACUGUCAUUUUUAGGGCUAUUUAAAUUAUUUCUGUUAGUAUAAAAUGUUAUUUGAUAAUGUGCAGUUAAUUUCCUUUUAGGAAGUGAGUGAAAAUGGUAAAGGAACUCAUCGGAAUCAGAGUUAUUAGGUUCUCUGGUAAUUUAGUGUAUUUUUUUCACUGAUAUCUAACAAUUCUAAAGCUAAUGGGAAAACAUUAUGAAGAAUUGAGGUUACUCUCCUUGGGUGACUCUUUAAAACAAACUAAAAUUUAAAAUCAAAAGCUUCCUGAACGAAAUAAAUUCAAAAUCGAGAAAAUGAAGUCUGAGGGACAAAUUGCAGGACUCUGAUAAGUUUAACGUAUUUUGAAGAUCUAUCUAAAUUUUAAUUUGUGCACGUCUCUUAAUCCUGGUGUUUCUGCGUUAAGAAAUCAGAGUUUAAUAAAUUGUGGUAUGUAUACAUA